AUGACGACUAAACCGCCUCCCAACUCCGUAACCACUCCUCGUGGCCGGCAGAAGCAAGCAGACGGCUCGAAACGAACCCCCAACUCCGGAGAUGAACAAGGUUCGCCAUCUCAGCACCAAGGCCGAAGCCACCAAAGGGGCCUCAAGGGAUCAGUCAUUCGACUGAGUCCUUGGAAGAACAACGCCGCUACAGGAAAUGAUGCUUCUUCUUCUUCGACCCAGACAGAGACCACAUCGACCACGACCGAAGCUAGCGAACAAUCCAUCGAUCAAUAUCCUGUGACUCGGCUCGUUCUGGCUCUCGAAAAGAGAGAGCAAAAUGCUCAGGACAAGUACAAUAGCCUCGAAAAAAGGUGCCAAGAGCUUGACGUAGCCCUGCAACUCUCCAUCAAAGAGAGGGAACGCGAAGCGUCCAUUUACGGAGCGGAUUACAGAAAGUUCAAAGCCGCUCUUAAUGGCGCCAGAAAAGAGCUCGACAAAGAAAAAGCAAAAGCUGACGAGGCUCACACAACGAAUGAGUCCCUCCUGAGAGUCCUCGCAGCCCAUGCGAGCACCAUAGAGACUCUCAACGCAGAAAACAGCGAGGCCAAAGCCAAAUGCGAGAGCCUCCGAGCAGCCCACGAUGCCAUCCUAGAGGAACUCGAGGCAGAAAAACACAAGGUGCAGGAGGUCAACAUUAGAACCUCAGCAUACGAUGCCCUUUUGCAACAACUGGAGAAAGAACAAGAAAAGGCAAAGGAGCUCCAUACCGCAAACGAAAGCCUCGCUGCCGACCUCGCAGCGCAGACCCAGGAAAAAGAAUUCGCCGCCAAAAUGCUCGAGGAAAAGACAUACGAAUCAUGGAUCUUCCGCUGCGCCGUUGCCGUAAUCUACAAGGACUCCCCCUCCAAAGAGCGCGUCAAGAUGGGCAAACUGAUUCGCGACGUGCUCUUCUACCUGCGCGACAAGCGUCAGCGUGAACGAGCGCGACAGCAGCAGCAGGAAGACAGCGAUGAGGACGGAAAUGGACAACAACAGGGAAGUGGAGAUGGCCAAUACGAGGAGCAGCAGGAGCAAGGGCAGGUGGUCGAGUCGUCGGCGCCGCAGCACGAAGAGCCUACUUGUCCAGAGACCCCUGGAGGCGGAGGAGAUUCUGGUCAUGAUUCGGAGGACUUGCCCCUCAGCGGGAGAGAAACGCGGCCGAAAAGAUGUCGGACAUUGGGGAGCAUGGAGUAUAGCGACUAUUUCGCUGCGUCCGAUGACUCUGAUGACGAGAAGCCUCUGGUCGAUGUCCUUAAGAAGAGGGCGAAGAAGCUCAGGACCAUGGCGUCUCAUGAAGAGGCGUCAUCCGAUUGA